ACACUUCUCAUCAAUCACUCAAACAUAAACACUUAACAAAGAAAAACCUCUCUUUUCUUUUGCUUUCUGUCAAGAAAAAAUCUGCAAUGGCCAAGCUUGUUUCUUUUUUCCUUUUGGCUCUUAUUGCCAUUUCCAUGGUUGCAACCACUGCUCUAGCUGCUGAUGCUCAAUACCACCUUGAUCGUUCAAGGUAUGGUCCAGGGAGCUUGAAGCCAACACAAUGCCUGCCACAAUGUACAAGAAGAUGUAGCAAGACACAGUACCACAAGCCAUGCAUGUUCUUUUGCCAGAAGUGCUGCAAGACAUGCCUAUGUGUUCCUCCAGGUUUCUAUGGAAACAAAGGUGUUUGCCCUUGCUACAACAACUGGAAGACCAAAGAAGGAGGACCAAAAUGCCCUUAAUUAUUUUACCACAUUGCUACUCUAAUUUAUCAAACCCAAAGUUUAAUUGAUAUUGUUGUUUGUUGCUAUUAUUAUUAUUAUUAUUUUGUCUGAAUUAAGAGGUCAUUAGUUGUAUGACCUUUUUUCACUUUUGUGUAUGUAUUUGCUCCUUUGGGCAGAAUACUUUUGUACUGCCCGAUAUGAGAGCUAUUUGACCAAUUCUUCUGUUGGUCUAUUGUUAUGUUACUCUUUUCUUCUAAUAUAACAAAAUCUUUUUCAGAUU